AGAGGCACAAGUUUUAUAAAUCGGAGCUCUCGUUUUUUCCCUUCCAGAAUCCAUAGCCGGAAUAGCAGCCAUGGCCGCUUUACAGUACCUCGAUUCGCUUCGUAACUCGCAUCCUGAACUCUCCGAAUGGUACAAUUCGCUCGCAGAUCUGUACCAGAAGAAGCUUUGGCAUCAGCUCACACUCAAGCUUGAGCAAUUUGUCGCCCUGACCGUCUUCCAGGCUGGUGAUGCACUGAUUCAGUUGUAUCACAACUUCAUCACUGAUUUUGAGACCAAAAUCAAUCUUCUCAAGCUUGCACAUUUUGCAGUGAUUGUUUCUCGGCAAUAUGCAGAGAAAGAAGCUGCUAUUAGUUAUCUUGAAGGGAUAAUCGAGAAGCUAAGGAGCACUAAAGAGCAGCGCAUAGAGGAGCCCAUCCUCUAUAUUAAGAUGCAAAUAUCUAUUUUUAAGCUUGAGCAAGGUGACCGAAAAGAGUGCAAGAAACUUUUGGAGGAUGGAAAGAGCACUCUUGACAGCAUGACCGACAUUGAUCCAUCUGUCUAUGCUAGCUAUUACUGGGUUUCAUCUCAGUUUUAUAAGUUUCGCCAAGAGUUUGCUGAGUUCUAUAAAAGUGCUCUUCUUUAUCUGGCAUAUACUUCAGUGGAGUCACUGUCAGACUCUUUUAAAUUGGAUUUGGCCUUUGAUUUGUCUCUUUCUGCACUUCUGGGAGAUAACAUCUACAACUUUGGGGAGCUUCUUGCACAUCCUAUUAUCAAAAGUCUGUUGGGCACAAAGGUAGAGUGGCUGUACUACAUACUUCAGGCAUUCAAUGCGGGUGAUUUAGUUCGCUAUCAAGAAUUGUGUCAAGUGCAUAAUGCAGCUUUAAGGGCUCAACCAGCUUUAGUUGAGAAUGAGAAGAAACUAUUGGAGAAAAUCAACAUUCUCUGCCUUAUGGAAAUUAUCUUCAGCCGGCCAUCUGAAGAUCGGACUAUUCCAUUGAAGGUUAUAGCAGAAAGGACAAAACUUUCUAUAGAGGAUGUGGAGCAUCUACUAAUGAAGAGCCUCUCUGUCCACCUUAUAGAAGGUAUAAUCGAUCAAGUCGAGGGGACAGUACAUGUUUCCUGGGUGCAACCUAGAGUUCUGGGCAUUCAACAGAUCAAAUCCCUUCGAGACCGGCUAGACAACUGGGUGGAUAAAGUACAUUCGACUUUGCUUUCAGUUGAGGCCGAGACCCCCGAUCUAGUCGCAUCAUAAUCCUCUUCAUUUCAUAUCGAAACAACUUAGCAAAGGAGAAAGAAGGGGAGAGGGACAAAACAAAAGCCAGGGACCAACUGAUCCUUUCUAUAAUGUUCAUGUGCUGGUUGGUUUUCAAGCUGUCUUUUCAUCUUACCUACUGCUUUCUUGAACUAUUUUUUAGGAAGCAGAAGCCUCUACUUCAGUCUAGUUAGUUUUAAAAGUGAGCAUGAAUUGGAGGAGUAGAGAACAGACUUAAGAUUGGAUAUUAUACUUCUGUAUUUGUUACUUUUAUUGCAUACAAUUGAGUUUUACUGAGCUGAAUGCUAA